AGAAAAGCCUCUGGAAAAGCCCUGCCACACCAAGCUAUUGUUGCAUUCUGGGUAGUACUCAGAAAGAAGGGACCAAAGUAGGAUCAUCAUUACAACUGUCUCAACCAUAGCUAGCUAGUUGUCUCAGUCAGUACGAAACCACCUUCUUGUCUUGUUUUAAGUCUAUGGCAAGGGUCCACUUCAUCUGAACCAUGGGAAUAAACGGUCAAGAUAUUAAGGUGUAACCUCACGGCAUUGUGCAACCUCUUCAAGACCAUGGAGCCGGAUGUGAUCCGCAUGUACUCUUCCUCCCCACCCCCAAUGGAGGAUGGCGCUGAGGAAGAAGAUGAUGAGUUUGGGGACUUUGGGGGCUUCUCUGGAGUUCCCACCAGCAUCAGCUUCACAGAAUUUGAUACCCCAGCGACCUAUAACCAGACUCCGGCUUUGGCUGCCACCUCACCACCAGAACUCAUCAAUAACGGAGGGGUGGUUGGGUCGUCAAACCUCAGCUCAGGUCCCAUGGGCAGGGUUCCCCUGAACGAGCUCUCCAAGUCAAAGAGUGUCAUGCAGGGAGGCUGUCAGGAUGACAGUCUCUCGGAGAGGACUGUGAUUGUGGAGGAGUUGAAAAAGCUUGCUGACCACACGCAAGCCAAUAAUCAUUCGAACACCCUGGACAUAUCUGGCAGCAGUCAGAUUGAUAACAUAGACAAGAUCCUUGAUUGCAAUGGCGGGGUUUCAGAGGUUCUAACAAAUGGUUUUGGCACUUAUGAAAUGGAGGGAAACCAGUCUGUCCACUCUAAAAAGAAAGGAAUCCCUUUGGUCACCACAGAGUGUGCAGAAAUCAACCCCCCCAGUAGCCCAGAGGAGGACUUUGCAGAUUUUUCUGCUUUUUCUAACACAGAUGCUCAAGGACACCCUAGUGAGGUAACAAACAGCUCGAGCGAGGACUUGGACAAUCCCAACAGGGACAAAUGGCUGGCAGGGAAUGCCUGCCAGCAGGAGCAGGAACACACUAAUGUAGAGCAGGGAAUCAGCGCAAAGGAUAAUGUCAGGGACACAUUAUGUAGUCAUAUUAGAACUGAACCCAACAACAUUGCAGGCUCAGUUGCCUUGCCGCAACCUGCUGAGUCCAAAGGAACAACUGAAGGUUUGAGCAAUGGGGGCGGGAACUUCCACAGAGACGCUGCUAACUCUGAACAAAGGGACUUCAAGCCUGACUUCGCACACGAGCACUCUGGUCUCCGGCAGGUUUGUAGUGAAGAAUUUGCUACUGAGGUGUUUUAUGGAAAGGACUCUGCCCCAAAGGCAGUUGACGUAGAGAAACAGGUCACACAGAAUGGUCUGGAUUUGGAGCAGUUGGAAGAUGAUGAUGAUGAUGAUGAAAGUGCCCGUGAAAACGGGGUUUUGCCCGAAACUGACAGUGCCGAUGGGGACGGUGAGCAAGCGGAUGAGAGACGUGGGUCCGGAAACGAGACAGAGGCUGAAACCGAAACGGAGACUGAAACGUCCUUUGGCCGACCGCUGUCCACGGAUGCCCUUGAGGAGUUUGGCGACUUCAGCACAACUGGCUCGGUGCCAUCACCACCUCUUCAAGAAGAGACGGCCACACCCGCCGAUCACAGCCAAUUACCAGAGGAUGACGACGGAGAAGACUUUGGAGACUUUGGGGACGUGGGCACUUUUAGCGGGCAAGGCUUUGUCGACUUUGAUCAGCCGUCGUUACAGGGAACUCCUGCCACACAAGAAGUAGUGGACGUCAAUGAGGACUUUGGCGAUUUCGAUGCUGCCAAGAGCAACAUUGGUGACAACAAUGCUACCGAGGAUGAAGAUGUAGAGAAAUUUGCAGAUUUUCCCGGCAGUGACAGUUUCGCUGACUUCAGUUCAGCUCCUGUUGGUGCGGAACCUGAUGCGGAUGCAGGUUGGAACGCCUUCGACGAACCUGAAGAGGGUCCUGGGGACGGCAACUCCUGGGCUGCAUUCGGAGAGGAGGCCGCCACCGCUGUGUCUUUGGAAGCGGGCGAAGAUGAGUGGCAUGAGAGUGAACCCGCUGCAGCCCAUCCAGCCUGCAAAGACCAGAUCAGCAGAAAAGACAGUCAGUCGGCGGCACUAUGCAGUCGGCUGGAGAAACUUUUUCAGGCCAUGUUCCCCGAAGCAGCUGUCCCGCAUGUGAGGGAGAAAGUAGUCCCCCUCAAAACCCUCCUUGAGCCUCCUGAGAGGUUACAGCAGGAGGAGAGUGACACGAAGAGCAGUGGCCCUGACAGUGGGGUCGCGGGGGACGAGCUGUGGAGGCAACUGCUGGACAUCCACGAGGCGUUCGGCCUACGGCACCAGUGGGGCGGCUCGCACAGCAACAAGAAACUUCUCUGCUCACUGGGCAUCGACAUCAGAAACAUUCUAUUCACUGGUCAAAAGAAGCAGCCAGUGAUAGUUCCCAUGUACGCUGCCAGCCUGGGCAUGCUGGAACCCACCAAAGAGCCAGUGAAACCCAUAUCAGCAGCAGAAAUGAUUGCAUCCAUAGCACAACAAGCCCAGCCAGUGGCCCCUGUAGAGAUCAUAAGCAUAAGUGCCCCCCCCGACACAGCCCAGGAAGCGCUCCCGCCCGUCCAGUUUGACUGGAGCAGCAGUGGCCUUACUAACCCCCUUGAUGCGAGCGGAGGCUCGUCUCUACUCAACCUGGAUUUCUUUGGGCCAGUGGAGGACUCUGGCUCGAGUUGCUCCACAUCCAUCCCAGGUGUGGACCCGGAGUUGUAUGAGCUAACCACGGCCAAGCUUGACCCCAGCGGCUCUGGGAGCCGUGUGGCUGACGCCUUCGCCCGCCUUAUGUCCACCAUGGAGAAGACCAGCACCUCAACCAGAAAGCCCCGGAAAGAGGAGAACCUGAGCGAGGAGGCGUCAAAGGUGAUCGCGGGGCUACCGGACCUCUCCUUCAUGCAGGCCAAGGUGCUGAUGUUCCCCACCACGCUGACCCCCCUGGGGUGCUCCACGGACCCCGUGCCAGACUGACACCUCCCUCUAUGCCCUCCUGCUUUCCUAUGUUUGUACUAAUAUUGCAUUCUCAUGAUGCUGUUAGCAUCUUUGCUUCCAUGCUAUCAUGGCUUUCUUGUUUCUUUUUCUCUUUAUUAAACGUUUUUUUUUUUUUCUCCAAAUUUUAAUCUUUUAAAUCAAGGGGAUUGGUUCGUCACACCUGGAUUAGGAUAUGCCUAAAGCGAGCUGCGUCAGUAGCAGAGAAGAACAUAUUUAAAGUUUGUUUAACUUGUUAAUUUAUAGCUCACGGUCCUAGAGAGAGGCCCUUUGUUUAUAAUAGAAUCAACGUGUACAUAAUCAGGGAAGAAUUGCAUUGCCCCCCCCACCUCAAAUUUUUCUGAAGGUGGUUUUUACGUUUCUCUUUGUGGUGGUGUAUCAGUGUUUGUCUUUGUGAGGAAAUGAAACACUGGUUGAACCUCUUCAAAGCGAGGCUUGAAUAAAGUGACGUGGAAUAAGACUAUAUACUUAUACAAAUAUAAAUAUAUAAAUAUAUAUAAUGACUUGAAACCACACUGCCUGCAAAAUCCAGCUGAAUGUCUUUUCCCCCUUUGUGUUGAUAGCCUUAGUUCUUUAGUUUUGUCAUUUAUUUUACAUAGACCCUAUGAUUUUAUUCAAACUAGGUUUCUUAACCCUUGGCAAAAAAUGCGCUGUUGUAACUCUUAAGUUCACAAUUUAAAUGUAGGCCUUUUUUUGUCUGCAUCUCUCAUCAAUGCAAUCAGUUGAGCCAUUAUUAAAAUGGUGUUGUCUCGGACUGCAUUCUGUGUUGAAUCCAGUUUGUUAUUUUGGGGUACUGGUGGUAAAAUGGAAUGGCAUCAUGUUUUUAAACCACUUUCCGUAUCAUCAGUAUAACUGAGCUUUGUGAAGGUCAACCUACAUUACAAGGGAAAAAGGGACCAAUAUCUGCUUCCAUGUGUUUGGUUAUAUACUGUUAAGUGGGUUCUUCGUUUUGCCGUCAUGCUCAAUAUUAUUUUGGUUUUUUUGCUGUUUGUUUUCGUUGUACCACUGUCAACCUGUUCCCAGGAGGAUUUUGCACAUUGUAAAGAUGAAAUGGAUGUAAUCAUAGUUCACUGUGGCUUUAGACUGUGUACAGUAAAACUAUGGACUGUAAAAUGUAUGGGGGAAAUUCCUAUGGAAAAAAUGAAUCACUUGAAGAGCCUGUAAAAAGGUUAACAUGCAUGCCUGGGUUCUUUUCAGACUUUAAGUGUGUAAAUUUACUUUUAGUGUACACAAGAAAUUAAAAUAAUUUAAGAGAA